AUGCUGCCCCGCGUUGCUGCCCCGCUCAUCCCAGAGCUCGGCCUGCAAUCAUCUGUAUCAGCUUUUGAACACGUCAACCUGCUCACUUUGAGGGUCUUGAAAACUAAUCACCGCAUCCUGCGCUUGCUUUCACCCUUUCUGCAGUUCGCUUCCAAAAUCGCCAACAGUAUGAACCGUCCAGCCGACGUGAACACCAAUAAGCCCGGUGAUGUGUAUGGGGGAGCACCGCCCGCUGGCUACACUGGAGGACCUCCUAGCUCGCUGCAGCCUGGAGGAGCAACCGGUGGAUUUCAACAACAACAGCCUCAACAGCAACAGAGUCAGCAGUAUCAGGCUUACUCAGGCUCCCCUGCUCCCGUUGGUGGUCCGGUAAGCUAG